AUGUCAAUAGAAGUCCAAGAUCACAACAUGCGCCAACAUCACUACACGGCAGGGGGAGAUCCGGGAGCAAGUAGCAAGACGCUCUCUAUGGCGAGUCAGAAACGACAGAACGUUUUGAAACAGCGACAAUCCAGUGUGCAAAGCAACACUCAGACUCAGAUUCAAAGUGAAGUAGGGGAGGAGGCGGAGAAGUCUAUUCAGGAUUCGGGGCGGCAGAGCCCAAUUGCUUUGGUAGACCUCGAUGCAUCAACACUGGCCGAGACUGCCAAUCCCAAAGCAACAGUUGAUGAAUGCAAAUCACCACCAAUUGCUCUUCCAUACUACCCUCUUAUGUGCCAAGCCUUGCCUUCAACACACACACCCAGCUUGGAUAGCAGUCAAGGCACAGGCGAGGUUCUUCACUCGAAUUUUCCAGGACGGCCUAGCCUCAAAAAUAGAGUUCAGUCGUCGGAGAGUACUCGAGAAGUCAGUUCAAUGACUGAUGAGGGGCGGCUAGGAAGCACCGGGCAAGCAGGCUUUGCAUCGUCGCUGGAGGAUUGCGAGUGA